CUGUGGAGGAGGGAGAGAGAGGCAGAGGGGCAGAGAGGCAGCGGAGGAGUCCGUCUGUGAAGGUUUCUUCAUAUUCUUCUGUGAUCCUGUGAUCCAGUUCUAUUUCCUCACCCCUGGUUGGUCAGGCGAGCGAUGCGCGACCGAGGAUGGGACAGUCCCUGUGUAUCUGCUCUCGCAGUUCAAUCACCAUCGACAACAAGAGAUACUACUUCAUCCAGAAACUCGAUGAGGGAGGCUUUAGCUACGUGGACCUGGUGGAGGGUGCCCAGGACGGCCGCUUCUACGCUCUGAAAAGGAUCCUGUGCCAUGACCGUGAGGGGCGGCGGGAGGCGCAGACGGAGGUGGAGAUGCACCGGCUCUUCAACCACCCCAACAUCCUUAGCCUGACUGGCCACGCCUUCACAGAGCGUGGCGGCAAGAGCGAGGCCUGGCUCCUCCUACCCUACAUCAGCAAAGGAAGUCUCUGGUCUGUUCUGGAGAAGCUGAGGGAGAAAGGCAGCUCAAUGCCAGAGAGCCGCAUUCUGCACAUUUUGCGUGGCGUCUGUGAGGGUCUCAAAGCGAUGCAUGACCAGGGUUACGCUCACAGGGACCUAAAGCCCACCAAUGUGCUGCUGGAGGAGAAUGACAGGCCUGUGCUGAUGGACCUGGGCUCCAUGAACAAGGCCCGCAUCGAAGUGAGAGGCUCGCGGGAGGCCAUGACGAUACAGGACUGGGCAGCUCAAAGGUGUACUAUCUCCUAUAGAGCUCCAGAGCUUUUUAAUGUGGAAAGCCACUGUAUCAUUGAUGAAAAGACAGAUAUUUGGUCGUUAGGCUGUGUGCUGUACUGUAUGAUGAUGCUGGAGGGACCGUAUGAUCUCAUCUUCCAGAAGGGGGACAGCGUGGCGCUGGCUGUCCAGAACCCAGUGGCCAUUCCACAACCGUGCAGUUACUCUGAAGGACUGCAGAACCUCCUCAGUUCCAUCAUGGUGACCAACCCUCAGGAACGGCCCGACAUCACCUGGGUCCUCAACCAGGUCAAGAGCCUGCAGGGCCCGGAUGGCGGCUCCGUGGACACCAAUAGGGUAUGAUGGUCGCGACGAGGGAGCGGCGCGACUCCCUUUGUCUCUUCUCCUGGACAGGAGAUUUUAUCUGGACUAUGCACUCUCUCGCUCUUUUUUGGGUUCACCUGCCUGAUGGACCUGUGGCCUCGCAAACAUUCACCUACACUUACCUCAGUGGACUCAUGGGUAACAGGACAGACAGGCAUAGCUGUCAUAAUACAUAUAAGACACAAAGGACGUUUCUUGAGUUCUGACCACGCCGGAGCGUCUGGACGGUCUCGCAAUACUUUGGAUCUUGGGUUAGGUAGUAUAGUUUGUCCAUCCACUUCAACUCAAACAUUCAGCAGUGACAGCUUCCAAUGGGAGCACUUUUCCGACUCGAAGAUUGUCACGGUCGCGCGGUGUGACUGCCCAUGUCUUUAGUGAUGUACUACCUACUACAGAGGUUCUAAGAAACCUUUACAAAGAAGCAGAAGGGAGUUGAGGUCAGUCUGUAAACAUGAGUUGGGAGAGUAACAGAGGAAGUUUCAUGUCCACGUUGUCUGAGGCUGACAAACUUAGUGUGUGUGUGUGUGUGUGUGUGUGUGUGUGUGUGUGUGUGUGUGUGUGCGUGCAUGCUUUUAAAGAGGAAUUCCACCCAUUUUUACAAACCGAGUUGUGAACAAAGUCAUUCAGAGACAUAGUGUUGGUGAUGCUGACUCCACACUGAUGGUCCAUAAAGAAUAAUUCCACUGAUUUUCCUAAAUUUCUGCACAGUUCAAUCACUGAGAUGUAAACAAAGUGACUCAGAGUGGGUUUGGUGUGAAAUGGUUCAGAUCUCUUUACAGUGGUGAUGAUAGGAACCAGGGGUUGCCAUGACUACAACACAAAUAUAGACGUUUUAUUCACUGGCCAGAACCACCACCUACACAUUUACAUUUACGGCAUUUGGCUGACGCUCUUAUCCAGAGCGACUUACAAUUUGAUCAUUUUACACAGGUAGGCCAAUGUGGAGUUAGGAGUCUUGCCCAAGGACCCUUAUUGGUAUAGUGUAGGGUGCUUGCGCUGGUCGGGGAUGGAACCCCAGUCUACAGCGUAGAAGGCAAAGGUGUUAACCUCUACACUAACCAACCACUCUGUACACUGGUUCUGUUUUGUCAGAAGGGAACUGUACAGGUACGUUUGUGUUCAUCAAGGUACACGCAAUGUAAAUGGACCCUCACAGCUAUGAUAAAAUGGACACCAUGCAAUGUAUUUAUAACCAUUUCAUGUCUGUGAGGGAUCUUUUAGAGGUGGACGUCUGGUUCCUAUCGCCAUCACUGUGAACUGUUCUUACUUAAGUUUCUCUAGAACAGAGCAUUUCCCAUCAGAACACUUUGGAUGGCUCUGUCUAUGUGCAGAAAUUGUAGGAAUUUCUUUUCAAGUGAGACAGAACAAUGCAGCUAAGAGGACUUGAGUUAAAUUCUUAUCAUAAUACUUCACCACAAAAUGCAUCCAGUAUGUUUGGUGUCUGAAGUUUGCUUCUUUAGUUUUGACCUGAAGCUGCGAGGCUAAGUCACAGAAACUUAUACUCCACCAAUUAGCAGCAUGCAAACUGCAGACAUAAAUAAUCACCUACUCGCCUCAAACUGUAUAGAAUUAUUUACUGAUCAGCAUCACUGUUUUUGGUCAAGCAAUUCCUUUAAUAAUUAAAAACCCCAUUUGGUCCCCAUUGGCUUUUAAACAGUCGUCUCCAAAAGUUUGGGCACCCCUGGUCAAAUGACAUGCUGUUGUGGCUUGUAUUUUCAUUUUUAUUAUUUUUUAUUUGAUUUAUGCGACUGGCAACCUGGCCAGGGUGUAUCCUGCCUUCCACCCAAUGACCUCUCAACCCCAACCCCUGUGCCCCCCCAUUGACCCGAAGGAUAAGCGGUGUAGAAGAUGUGUGUGCGUUUUUAUGCAACAGUCCACAAAUAAAUAGAAAUUGUGCACUAAAAUUUGCGUAAAUAUAUAUUUAGAAAAUCAACAGACCUUGUAAUUUGACAGGGGGUGCUCAAACCUUUGCCUACGACUGCAUACGAUCUCCACAGUGGCAUUUUAAGGUGAAGUAUUCCUUCAGGGCAUAUAAAUGCGCUUUGUUUGACUUUGAUGUUCAGCAUUGAGAUAGUGUUGCCGGUAUAAAGGGUGAUUGAGUAAAUAGCACCAUAGUGUCCAUGUGUCCACCUGUUGACCACCUGAAUUAUGUUGUGAGCGGAGUCUGGAGUUUGAUCUGUGGUGGAAUACUUCACUUUUGCUCUUGUGUCCGUGUUGUGUUGGAUGAUUAAAUGCCAAACUGCAGGUUGUUUUAAGGAACCCUGUAGAGAUUCAGGUUUGUAAUGGAAAUUUUUACAGGGGGUCAUGACCACAUUCCUGUAGAACAUGUGUACCACUCAUUUGUGCUCAUGAAGGCUGUUAACUAGACUGUGCUCACUUUAAGUAUAGACCACAUAGGCUGCUUUCACUUGAAGCUGUUAACUGGGACCUACAUGCGGUUCAUCGGCUUCACUGUAGUUUUACUGUUAUUUUAUUUUUUGGCACUAUGAUUGGAAUGCCAGCGAGUUAUUAAGGCCUGAUGUUAAUUUCAAGGACGUUGUGCAGUGAAUCUUGUGUGAUCUAUUGAUGCUCUUCACUUGCAUGUAUUUUAACAGGGCAUCCUGUCUGUAAGUAUGUUUCUCAUUAUCGGUUUAUUUCAGUACCUCUUUUUGAUUUUUAAGAUAAUUAAAAAUAACUCAUACUGCUAUGA